CAGGUCCUCGCUUGGCGGCUGCAGGGCCGCCUCAGGGCUCGAGGCGAGGGCUCCUUUCGCUUCCCGGGGCCAUGGAGCGGCUGACGUUGCCUCCCGGCGGCGCGGCAGCGGUAGACGAGUACCUGGAGUACCGAAGAAUUGUUGGUGAGGAUGAUGGAGGGAAACUGUUUACUCCUGAAGAGUAUGAAGAGUACAAGAAAAAGGUCUUACCCAUGCGUUUACAGAACAGGUUAUUUGUGAGCUGGCGGUCACCAACAGGAAUGGACUGUAAACUCAUCGGCCCAGAGACACUGUGUUUUUGUACACAUAGGUACAAACAGCAUAAAACUGACUUUGAAACAGUUCCACAGCAGCGCCCCAUUGAGCUGCCUUGCCGAGUGACUGGGUGCCAGUGUAAGGCUUACCACUAUGUUCCUCUGAAUGGUACCCAGCCUGUUCGCUGCAGGUGCAAGCACUUUGCUGACCAGCACAGUGCUGCACUUGGCUUCGCAUGCAAUUCCUGCUCCAAGUGUUCAGGCUUCCACAGCUGUUUCACUUGUGCCUGUGGCCAGCCGGCAUAUGCCCACGACACAGUGGUGGAAACACGGCAAGAAAGGUUGGCUCAGGGCAAACCAGUAGGACGGGAUGUUCCUUAUGCGGCAAUGGGAGGUUUAACUGGUUUCAGCUCAUUGGCAGAAGGCUACAUGCGCUUAGAUGUCAGUGGCAUUGGUGCACCCUCAGUUGCAGUUUUGGACUCCCCAGUUUCGGCCACGGACCACCCAUUCCUCAGAGCCUUGCAAAUGCCAUCUACUUCUGCUUCACAAACACUAACAGAUGGUAAUGAAGGUCCAAGCACUCAGAUUUCUUCCUUAAGGAAACCUGAAGAGGAUGAUAUGGCUUACUUUGAAAGGCGAUACCAGGAAAGGAUAAAAAUGGAAAAAUCUGCUAAGCAGAAAGGAAAAGCUCUGUUGCCACCAGGUACAAAACCUUCUUGAAGUCUGUUGGACAAGCCACCUUCCGGACGCAUCUCUAUUUAUUUAUUAUCUCUCGAUCUGUGUAUGUUCUUAUUGUAUAAAUAUGUCUUU